AUGACUCCCUCUAUCUCGCUCGACCACACCACUCCGGCUGUCGUGCCGGAGUCUAACGAGACUCCCGCUGCCUUCGUGCCGACAAACGACCUCUUCUCGCUAGCCGGUCGCACAGUCAUGAUCACCGGUGGUGGUCGCGGUCUUGGUAUGACUUUGACCACCGCCGUCCUGGAAGCUGGCGGUGACGUCGCCUGUCUCGAUCUUCUGGCUGAGCCCAGCCAGGAGGAGUGGGCUGUUGUGCAGAAGACUGCAAAGGCGCGCGGUCUACAGGCGACCUAUAAAUCUUGUGAUAUCACCAACGAAGAGGUCACCAAGAAGGCUUUGGAGGAUAUUGCUGCGGAGGCUAUGCGUCGCAACAAGCCUCUUCGUGGUGCCAUCACUUGCGCCGGUAUCCAACAGAUGGUUCCUGCGCUUGACUAUCCCGUUGAGGGGUACCGCAAGAUGCUUGAUGUCAAUGUCCUCGGAACAUUCAUUCCGGCCAAGCAUUGUGCUCGUAUCUUCGUUGAGCAGAAGACUCCUGGAAGCAUCGUGAUGAUCGCGUCUAUGUCUGGCCAGAUCGCCAACCGGGGAUUGACUUGUACCGCGUACAACUCAUCUAAGGCUGCCGUCCAUCAAAUGUGUCGAUCCGUCGCCCAGGAAUGGGGCCAACACAAUAUCCGCGUGAACACCCUAUCUGCCGGUUACAUUCGCACUGCCAUGACUGAUGCUCUCCUGAAGGAGAAGCCUGAGGUCGAGGAGACCUGGAUGCGUGGCGCUCUCCUCGGGCGUCUUGGUGCCCCUGAGGACUUCAAGGGACCGACCAUCUACAUGCUGACUGAUUCUAGUGCUUGGAUGACAGGCGCAGAUCUCCGUGUUGAUGGUGGCCACUGUGCAUCGGCGUGA